AACCUCUACCACUUCCUUCAAUUGCAGCUCAUCCAUCACCUUCACAGCUCCAUUCCUCUUGGCGUUGUUCGCAGUCGGACUCGCAGCUGAUAGAUCUUGCACGAGCUGGUGGUGGUGGUGCCUGAGCAGUCAUGGAGUACUACCCUGCGCCGGGGAGGAACCAUUUGUUUGUUCCAGGCCCUACCAAUGUUCCCGAGCCCAUUCUGCGGGCUAUGAACCGCAGCAACGAGGAUCACCGCUCCCCCGCUUUCCCCAAGCUCUCCAAAUCCGUCAUUGACGAUGUGAAAGAGAUCUUCCGCACCAAAACUGCAACUUCCUUCAUUUUUCCUACCACAGGUACUGGAGCAUGGGAGAGUGCCUUGACGAACACACUGUCACCCGGGGACAAGAUCAUCUCCUUCCGGCUGGGACAAUUCAGCCUUCUCUGGAUUGACCAAAUGCAACGAUACAACUUCGAUGUGGACGUAGUUGACUGUGAGUGGGGUGCGGGAAUCGAUCUGGAUGUCUUGAAACAGAAGCUGGUAUCUGAUCGUUCGCACUCUGUGAAGGCUGUCUGCGUGGUGCACAAUGAGACCUCCACCGGAGUCACGAACGACAUCGGUGCUGUACGCAGAGUGCUCGAUGAGGCAAACCACCCAGCGUUGUUGUUGGUGGACGGAGUAUCUUCAAUUGGUGCAAUUGAUUUCCGUAUGGACGACUGGAGAGUGGAUGUCGCUCUUACUGGGUCCCAGAAAGCUUUGUCACUUCCCACUGGCCUUGGUAUUGUUUGCGCAAGCCCCAAGGCUCUUGAAGCUGCGAAAAGAUCCAAGUCAACCCGCGUGUUUUUCGAUUGGGGUGAUUACUUGAAGUUUUACGAAGCGGGAACUUAUUGGCCUUACACUCCGUCGAGCCAGAUGCUCUACGGACUCAGAGCCUCUUUGGACAUGAUUCUCAAUGAGGAGGGACUCGACAACGUCAUUGCCAGGCACUGUCGUCUUGCUGAAGCAACCAGGCAAGCUGUUAGGGCCUGGGGCCUCACUCUGUGCACCAAGGAUCCCAAGUGGAAAAGUGAUACCGUUACCGCAGUUGUUGUGCCUUCAUGGAUCAACAGCAACGACAUUGUCAAGAUUGCAUACAAGAAGUACAAUUUGAGCCUCGGAGUUGGCUUGAACAAAGUUGCAGGGAAGGUUUUCCGUAUAGGACACCUUGGAAAUGUUAACGAGUUGCAAUUGCUCGGAGCCUUGGCAGGAGUUGAGUUGUGCCUGAUGGAGGUUGGAUACCCAGUCACCCUAGGAAGCGGUGUAGCUGCAGCUCAGGCUCAUCUCGCAAAGAAGACGCCCUUGAUUGUGUCUCGUAUAUGAGCAGCUACCCCGGCAUUUGAUGAUGUUAGAAAUGUCUGGAUACACCAGAGUCUGUGGCCGUCAAUGUAAUAUUUUAGAAAGUCCAGAAGGGUGUCUGUUGAGUUGUUGAAGUGUUGUGUACAAUCGCCUUAACUAAUACUUUGGCACUAGAUUACAUUGCUUACCAAAUGUAUUGGUAUCCCAUUUGUAUAAACGAUCAAUUCUACUCCCUGAACACAGCCCGCUGGAUAAUUUCCAAAA